UGAGACUUCCUGUUUGUAUUUAGCCUGUACGUAGUAGUCUUCCUACGGAACUAUAGAUAUUGCUGAACUCCCGAAUAAUCUGACGUAAUUACAUUAGGCAAUCAGCAGAUUACCAUAUUAACACACUUUUCCGCUCACAGGGUUCUUGCUUUCUCACUUGUCUCGAGGCGCGCAGUAGCCGCUUGUUUGAAGCCUUAGCCCCGUAUCCGCUUUUCACGUCAAGAUGGGUUUCGUCCCAGAAGGCCCGUCUGACUCCACGCCGCUCAAGCCGGGGACAGAAUCGUCGUCCGACGCUCGCACGCACAGCAGCAACGCAGAUGCAGCAGCGAGCAGCAACCCUCCGGCUGCCGGCCAAUCGACGUAUCAGCCAGGCCAGCACCAUUCGAGCUACCCCCACCACGCCCACGGGCCCUAUCCUCCCCAGUUUCCGCCUCCCCCGGGCUGCCCUACCCCUGUGAUCGUCGUGUCGCAUGGCGCGAGCGGAGGCGAAUUCCCCGUAUUCUCCCCCGUCCCCAUCCCCGGGCUCUACAUGCUUCCGCCAAGAGUUCCCCCCUCAGCGGAUCAAGUCAUUCUCGGCUACGAGACCUGCCGGCCUCCCACGGGUUGCUUCGAGACGCAGACGCUGAGUCCGCUGGGGUGGCUGGCAGUGGUGAUCGCCUUGGUCACAUGCUGGCCGUUCGCCUGCGUGCCGUGCUUCAUUCCGCAGUUCCACGAGAGGUGCCAGCGCCCCGUGUUCGGCUAUCCGCCACCAGCGCCAGCGCCAGGCUUCCCCAUGCCUCCGUCUUAGCGACCAUUUGGCACGUGCAGAUUGGCUGCAUGCUGCAGGUUGCCCCCCCCCCUCUUUGCACCAGCUGCAAGCUUCAUGCAGCAAAUGAGGCAGCAUGCGCCAGCUGGUUGUGCUGCUGUAAGGGUACGGUAGUAGAAUAGAACAGAGACUGACUAGAAUGGAUUGUUUUGGUUCUGUAAAGCAAUGUUGUAGAGGUAGGAUGCAAAUCUAGAUUAGUGUACAAGCAGUUUGAUAAAAACAAACCUAUGGGUGGAACAUGGCAAAACAUAGACUAUCUGUAAGGAGUCUAACAUUGGCUAUCAGUGGCUGCUGUUGCUCAGCUAAUGCAUGUC